CCACCCACCUCCACUGGUUGCAGCUCGGUCUCAGAGAGCGAGGUAGACCAGCCCCGACCAUGGACGCCGAUGAGCCACGAUGCCUUAGAGAGGACACGCUGACACUCGAAUGUAUAGAGUUUGAGGUGGUCAUCAAAGCAGAAAGCACCACGUUGACAACGCAACCUGAUAUCGAGAUAUCUCAGACGUUGGGGAACAGAGCUGGUCACGAGGCACGAGAAGCGCUUCUCUGGUUGGCCUGUCUGACAGUGGUGGUGACCGGAGUCUUCAUCCUCGUGACCACAGCCUUCUGCGUUAAAAGAUCCAUUAAGCGGCGGAGAGAGGCGAGGAUUCGAAGAGAGACCGGUCGUUUAGAGGGGUCGGAAGAAUGCAACACGUUAAAUAAGAACGACGGCAGAUGUGAAGCCUCUCCCUCCUCUGGCUCCCAAGGAAACGGCACUGGCCCGAAUCCACGGAACGGAAUUCCCAAAGACUCGGGAUGCAGGGAACAACCUGACUGUCACCACGAGGAGGUCUGGGAUGGGGGCAUGAGAAGCCAUCUCCAUAGAGACAAUUAUGUCGGCAGCAAUCAUUGGGAUCCAAGCUUUCCACUGCCCGCCACUGAGCUGGGACCCACCGCCUUGGUGACCACCAAAACCACUGCUGUUAAUCCAAACACCUUUCUUGAUGGUCUGGGUCAGGGAGAUCCAACUGACAGCUCAUGGACCACAUUCCCCUCGCCUCCCUCCGCCCCUCCAUUUCAUCCGGCCCAACCGCUCACCCCAUAACCCGUAAAUGUUAUGCUUUUUGGAAGGGAGACACCAAAAUAUUGCUUAUGCAGCCCAUUGAUGUUUCUCAAAUAGGGCAUCCGGCCCUCGGCGGCCAAAUGAUUGGAACGGUCCUGGUCUCUGCUGAGUUAGCUGAUCUCAACCAGCGCCUGCUCAUUCGGCCUUAGUGCCCGUGGACUACUAACUGGCAAAAUCUGCCAGUGUUUCCACCACCACUUUGGCACCCACCCCCCAACCCCCCUCCAACCCACACACUCUCCGCUGCAGACCACCCAGUGGAUAAGAUUGGCACCCUCAA